AAUGCAUUAAUAUAAAUUUUUUGCCGCCAUUGCCCGGUAAACAAAGUUGAGCCACGCCCAUAAAUAGACAGGCCCCUCUUUUACAGUCAGCCAUGUUGAUUAGAGUGAGAUUGAAGAGAGAUCUUGGGGCCCGCACCGUCUCUCUGGAGGUAGACCCAACUAAAGAAAGCCUCUCUGACCUAAGAAAGAAACUGUACAACUAUAUAAGUUCAGAGUAUCGUUUCUCUAAAGACUCCAUCCAUCCCAUUAAGAAUGAGAAGUGUCCUCUUCAAGACAUUGGACUUGAUGAAGAGGAUGCUUUCACUCUGUGUCUCAUUCCUCCUAAUUUUGAGCCCAAUCUUGAUAUCGGAGAUUUCAAUUUUCCAAUAGAGACCACACCCACAAAGAUCAAUUCUGGAACCACGCCCAGAAGUGCUAGUCAUACGUCCGAGCUGAUAAUAAAGGCUGUUACUGAUAGACCACCUUUGCCGCAAGGAGUCCUGAGUACUAGUAACUUCGGAAACUUUCUAAGACAGAAUUCAAGCGAGAGUAAAGUAGGCGUGGUCAAGUCAGAUUCAGGCGUGGCUAGCAGUGGGGAUUGUGUGUCGUUUUUAUGUGAAGCGUUACACAUGAUGAUGCUUGAUAGCGGUUUCAGCAAUAAGAAGGAUCAGAAUGAACAGGAACAAUUGAAAUCGUUAAAUCGCUACCAGUACAUUGCUCCAUUUGGUCCCAUUAUUCCAAUUGAAAUGGUUUGUACGUCACUGGGCCCUAACUUAAUUACACAUGCUUCUAUUAAUCUUUCUACUGACUCUGACAGUGCCACUCAAGUGGUGACAUGUGUUCUACCUUUUGAUCAGUACAUCAACAAGUCAAGUCCAAACUCAUCAUUAGCUACCGAACCUUCAUCUGAUACAGGUAUUUCACUUACAAACACUUCUCAGCUGACCCAGACAUUCAAAGAUGCUGUACCUCAUCACUUACUGACCGAUAUAAGAAGAGCUCUUAAACUCCCAGAGUAUGGUACACUACUCUGCCUCUCUCAUGAAGUAAAGAUAUUCAUAAUGUCUUUGGUUGAUUUGAAGAGUUUAAUAAGUUUAUCUAAAGUAAACAGAGAGUUCAACAUCCUGUCACAAGAUGAGUAUCUAUGGAAACUCCUCUUUAUUAGAGACUUCAAAAAAGAUGUAAUAUCUAUUCCUAAACCAGAAGAGGUUACAUCAUGGAAGGAAAAGUACACAGAGCAUUACCAGAAUAGAAAAACAAGGCAAGAAUACUUAAUGAACCAAGUGUUACUACCAGCGAGAGGAAGGGUCGAUAUAGACUACAGUGUCCCCAUUAACCCUUUUCCUUUGUCACCUCCUUUGGUACCACUACCAUUAUGGGGUCAUGAUGAACUGGAUGAUGAGAGGGUUAACCCUCACGGCUUCAUAACUGAGAGGAGGAGGAGGAGGAGGAGAGAGGGGUUGUGGUCUGACGAUCGAUUGCCCAAUCCUUUUAUGCCCGGUCCUUUUUGGUGACUUUUUCUUCAAUUUUCAUUCAAUUUCAUCAAUCAAUCAGCUAUUACAGUAUAUCUCUUUUCUCUCUCCUUCCCUCUUUCUCUUUCUUGUUGUGUAGAAUGCAACGGAAGCUAAGAUCAAAACUAGAAGUUGACUAUUCAGAUAUGUAGCAACUGACAACAGCUAAUGCCAAACAAUAAAAAACUACAGAAGAAAAGACCAUUAUGAAUUAUAACAUUUAUUAUUCUGUCACACAUGCACAGGUUCAUGGCUAACUUUAAUAUUGGCUGUGAUUAUUUUUAAUUUUGUACUGAUUGAUCCAAACUUGCUGUGACAAAA